AUGACGGCAGACGAAAAGCAAACGCGCCGCCGGGCCGCUACCGAACAGAGCUCCGAGACGACGCCCCUGCUCAACGGCAGUAGCACCAGCAAUGGCACCGCCGCCGCCGCCAACGACGAGGAGACCACCGUCGUCGCCGACACUGUCUCCGGCGGCCGCCUGGCCCUCAUCCUGGGCACCUCCUACUUUGGCGUCUUCCUCGGCGCCAUCGACAGCACAAUCAUCGCCACCCUGUCAGGUCCCAUCUCGAGCGAGUUCAAGUCCCUGAGCCUGAUGAGCUGGCUCGCCACGGCCUACCUAAUCUCCAACGCCGCCUGCCAGCCCAUCUCGGGCAGGCUGACCGACAUCUUUGGCCGCGGUCCCGGUCUCGUCUUCAGCAACCUCUUCUUCGCCGCUGGCAACCUCAUCUGCGGCCUCGCGCGGACCGAAUCUGUCAUGAUCUUCGGCCGCGUUGUCGCCGGCGUCGGCGGCGGCGGCCUCAUGUCCAUCUCCACCUUUCUCGGCUCCGAUCUCAUUCCCUUACGGCAGAGGGGCGUCUACCAGGGCAUCGGCAACAUCGCCUACGGCUCCGGCGCCAUGCUCGGCGGCGUAUUCGGCGGGCUCAUCAACGACCACACAGCCAUGGGCUGGCGACUCGCGUUCCUCGUGCAGGUGCCGCCCGUCCUCGUCUCCGCCGUCCUCGUCGCCGUCCUCGUCAAAGUGCCGCCAAAGGCCUCGGACAAGUCCUACCUGGCGCGCAUAGACUUCUUUGGCGUCUUUUUGACAAUUUCCUUCCUCGUGCUCCUCCUUCUCGGCCUCAAUGCCGGCGGGAACCUCGUGCCCUGGAUCCACCCCCUCCCGCUCACGACGAUCCCCCUCUCCGUCGUGGCCUUUGUCGGCUUCAUCAUCUGGGAGAGCAGGGUCAAGCAGCCCAUCAUCCCCGUCCGCUUGCUCGCUAACCGGACCAUCCUCGCCGCCUGCCUGACCAACCUGCUGUGCACCAUGGUCAUGAUGAUGGCCAUAUUUUACGUGCCGCUGUACCUCCAGGUCAACGGACUCUCGGCCACGCAAGCAGGCCUUCGGAUCUUGACGUCGCCCCUGGGAGUCUCCAUCAUGUCCGUUGGUGCCGGCUACAUCAUGAAGAAGACCGGGAAAUACGUGAUCCCGGGCAUUAGCGCCCUGGUUCUCUUCAAUAUCGGCAUCGUCAUCCUCACGCAAUUCAACGAGAACACGCCGGCUUGGGUCAAUUACGUUGUCUUCUUCCUGGUGGGCGGAGGCUACGGGGCCAUGCUGACCAUUACGUUACUCGGCUGCAUCGCUGCCGUCGACCAUUCGCAGCAAGCGGUCAUAACGUCAGCAACAUACCUGGCCCGCAGUCUUGGGGGCACCAUUGGCAUCACCAUCGGGUCCGCCGUGUAUCAGAACGUUCUAAGGGUCAAGCUGUGGGAUCGAUUUGGCGAUUACCCGAACGCUGCCGAGAUCAUUGGCCGGAUCAGGGACGAUCUCGACGAGCUGAAGAACCUCCCCCCUGGAUGGAAGCCGGGCGUGAUAGACUCCUUCAGGGAGGCGUUUGGCAGCGUGUGGUACACUAUGCUCGGACUAUCGAUUCUUGCCCUCGUCUUUAUUUCCUUGAUGAGACAACAUGUUCUUCACUCGACCUUGGAAAGAAGAUGA